AGCUGAGUCUCUUUCUGGAACAAUUCAUACAACAGGAACGACUUCAAGCCGCGAGGUUUAUUUUCUUCCCCUCUCUGCAUUGGGAAGGAACCAGAAGUUUUGCAGCAGUAUCUCGCGCAGUUUGGACCUGGAGGACCUGAAUGCAUUCAUCAGCCUCUUCCCUCCACCUGCUUUAAUUAGAUCUCUGGGUUGACGGCUAGAGCAACGUUUCAGUCCAGUGCUGCUCAGCGUUUUUCCUCGGGCUGAUCUACUUGAAGAGGAUGAGUACUCCCUCUCCUCGAGACACUUCAACUGCAGGGCGUACACCUGUGAGUAAUGAUGGAAUGGAUUCUGCACUCAUUGGAGGUAUCAUAGCUGCGGUGAUAUUCGUGGUUAUCUGCCUCCUUGUGGUUUUGAUCCGUUACCUCUACAGGCAUAAAGGCACAUAUCACACCAACGAGGCCAAGGGAACAGAAUUUGCAGAGAACGCAGAUGCUGCUUUGAAAAAUGACCCCAACUUUCAAGAUGCAGUGGACGAAAGCAAGAAGGAGUACUUCAUCUGACGACUGGUGGUCCUGUUAGCUAGCAGUCAAUCAUUCACGCUACAACCAGGACUUUCUGUUCAGAUCCAUCCCUGUGAGGCGAAAAAUAACAAGACGGCAAAUUAAUUUUUUAACUCUUCACCACCAUUCUGGGAGAAAGUCACAAGUUGGUGCUUUAUAUACAAGUAAGGCAGCAUACUCUCCAAAAAAAACUUUAUACACCAAUAUUCAUUUUUCUAUAUUGUAUUUCUAAAGUACAGUUAACGUACCAGCAUACAGAUACUGUACUAGUGUAACCCAUUACUUUUAAUAACCUGCUGUUUGGAAACAAGCCAAAAUAUCUAUGUAAAAAGCCACUAACAAAGUAAUCCUUUUUUUCUCUUUUGCAGCACCUCCUGUUUUCUAUCUAAAGCCAUGUACAAUGUGGCUGCAAUGCAUGACCUUUUUAAAAUAUAAUUAAUUAGUGCUUUUCCUUUUGCUUUCUGCACUUGGAUUAGUUGUAUCCCCAAAGAUUUUAUGACCAUGCAUACUGGCAUAUUUACCAAAAACAGACCUCUGAUUCAAGGGGAGCAUUUACUGUUAGCUGUGAUACUUAAUGAUGCAGGCCAGGUCUCAGGACCAAGGUUUCUUUACAGAUCCAGGCUGAGUGAGUUGUAAGCAACAAGAACAGGCACUAGAUGAUGACCUACUUUUGGUCUAUCUACACAACGAAGGAGGGGUUAUAUCAAUUUCCUCUGAUCGAUAUACUCCAUGUUAACAUAGAACGUAGAACAUAGAACAUUACAGCACAGUACAGGCCCUUCGGCCCUCGAUGUUGUGCCGACCUGUCAUACCGAUCUGAAGCCCAUCUAACCUACACUAUUCCAUGUAUGUCCAUAUGCUCGUCCAAUGACAACUUAAAUGUACCUAAAACUGGUGAAUCUACUACCGUUGCAGGCAAAGCGUUCCAUUCCCUUACUACUCUCUGAGUAAAGAAACUACCUCUGACAUCUGUCCUAUAUCUUUCAUCCCUCAAUUUAAAGCUAUGCCCCCUCGUGCUCGCCGUCACCAUCCUAGGGCACUUGUUUCAAUGUUUCAAUGUUUUUUGAAGAUGCAAGUUUUAAGUGUAUCUGGGACAGAUUAUAUAAAAGAAGCUUUCAUUUCUCACUAACUCAUUGCGCGAAGAGCAGCCAUUUUACCCAGACUGACAUAUGGGUCCUUGGAGACAACUGACAAAGAAGGAGAAAGAGGAGUGGACUACUCUCUCAUUCCUCCUGUGCCCACUUAAAUCUUGAUAAAAUGACAGAAUAAUUGCUUGGUAAUACUGAACUUGUGUAUUGCCUUAGAAAAAGAGACAUGCUGUCAAUAUUUUGUCUUGCCUGUGUCAGGGCAGUAUUGCAAGAACACCAAAUCUCAAAGAAGGCAACAAUUUAGACUGCUUGGGAUACCCUUAUGAGAUUUUUGCAUUCUUGCAAUUAGCCCUGUUGAAGUAUGAGAUUAAAAACUUUAACAAAUCUUUUUUUUCCUGGAAAUGAGAAAAUACUAAAACAAGAUCACUACUGAAUUCUGGCAAUGAUUCACAAUGAAGUCAGUCAGUUAUAAGUGAUGUGUUUUUACUUUUUUUGUUACAUAUAGUCUUGAUAUGGAUGUGAUUAGAAUGAAUUUAUAUUCCUGGAUGUGUUAGAUGUGCACUGAAUUCUUCCUUUGUUUCUGAGAUAUGCCUUAGUGUACAAGUGCCUUAACAUUUAGAAAAGUGGUGUCUUAUUUUUAGUUUUUUGUUAAUACUGCACAAGUGUUUUUAAGGCUUGGAUUUCUAUUGCAAUUCUUAACAUUUUACUGUGAGCCUCUGCCUUUCCUUAUUGCAUUGUGAAAAUAUGAAGGAUCUUAGGUGGGAAAGAGUUUUGUUUUUUUUAAAUAAUUUCGUAUGUAAUUGUACUUCCAUCUCUGGUUUGGCAUGUUUGAUAUUUUCCUGGAGGAUUCAUCACAAAGCACUCCCCCCUUGACCACUCUGCCCAAUCAAACAACCCUUUCUCUUAUCCCCUGAUAAAUGAAAAUGCUUAAAGACAAUGAUUUUCUUCCUGUUUUUUUUUCUCCUGGGCUGCGUACCUCAACACCUGGGAGAUUACUUUUCAAUUUUUGGUGAAUAACACAGGAGGAUGAGAAAUACUCAAAUCCAUUGUCCAUGACCGAGCCUUGCAAUGUUCUUUGAUGCAUAGGAAUCCUCUUGAGAAAUUGGCAUCUAAUCUAAUUCUUCACUUCCCUGUCUCUCUCUCUGACUGAACCGAGAGAGAUUUUUUGAAAGCCAAAACAUUGGAGUCUCUGAUUCUAAUGCACCCCUGUGUAUAAACAAGUUGCAAAAACCAAAACUAAAUCCCUGGCUGUGAAUUAUGACAUUUUAGUUUCUUCUUGUGAAGAGAUUGUUGCUUACCAACAAAAGCCUCCCACCAGGAAUAAGGCCAGCUGUUUCUUUUCCUCUUGUUUACUCAAAAGAAAUCCAGCUGUUUCUAGGGACAGCUGGACAACUGAGCCUGUGCAGUUGAGGAUGUGUGCACAUGUUAAUACUAAAGACAUGACUUUUAUUUCUCAACCACUAGUAGUGAGCCUUGUGCCCAUUCCUUAGAUAUAUAUCCUCGACAGUAAUCAUGUCAUCAAGAAGUUGGAUGCAAUUUAUAUUAACAUGGAAACUGCAAUAAAUGUAAUGUUUGUUUUUCAAACUAGAACCAUUUUAUAUGAGACAAUAAACGUGUCAUAUGUA